UGAGAGGGGGGACAGAUAGGCGACCCGCUGCCAACACUGGGACAUUGUCUAACUUUCUCUGGACCGCUGCGUAUCUCUCUGGACUAGUUUUUUUUUUUUUUUUUUUUUAAUUUAUUAUUUUUCUUUUCACCAUGACGCUCCUACCUGAGCGCGAGCGGCCACGAUAAAUAACGCCAGGGCAGCGGAAGUUGAGUGAACGGGGAAGUCGCUGUGGGGGAUAAGGGGUAAAAGAAAAUAACCCCGGUAAAAGUGGUACCUCUUCUGUCAAGUUACACCUCUCAUCUUCCCGGCGGAGGAAGGUGGGCCUCGGCGUUUUUUGGGGGGGCAUGGACACCCACGUUAAGGAGGGACAACUUUAUGUGCAGCACCAGAAGUUUGGGAAGAAAUGGAAGAAGAACUGGUUCGUCCUGUACCCGGCCAGCCAGAACGGCAUCGCCCGCCUCGAGUUCUUCGACUCGCCCUCGGGCGGAGGGGGCGGGGCCGGCGGCGGCUCGGGGGUCGGCACCAACGAGAAAACCAGGAAGCUGGACAAGAAGAUCAUCCGGCUGUCCGAGUGCAUUUCCAUCCUGCCCGCUCUGACGGAGAGCUGCCCCAAAGACAACAUGGCGGCGUUCUGCGUGGAAACGAACGACAAAACGCACGUGUUCGCUGCAGAGAAGAGCACCGCCAAGGAAUGGAUGGAUACCAUGUGUGACAUCGCAUUUCAGGGGGGAGCAGGAAGCGGCAACAGCGGCGCUGCAGACGCUAACGGGCGACCCGCUGACCUGCAGAUGGCUGAAAACCUCAUCUACUACUCCAGAGAUGAAGUAAACGAGUUCUGGGUGAUCAUCCAACGCACUGAGGCUUCAGAGCGUUGUGGGCUCGCGGGCAACUACUGGCUGAAAGCGGAGAGCGACACCUUGAUCUUGAAGGAGCCGAAGACCAAGAGGAAGGUUCUCGUGUGGCCGUACAAGCUGCUGAGGAGAUACGGGAGGGACCGGGUGAUGUUUUCGUUCGAGGCCGGCCGUCGCUGCGACUCGGGCCCCGGCACCUUCACCUUCGAGACGAAGCAAGGCAACGAGAUCUUCAUCCUGGUGGACCAGGCCAUCCAGUCGCAGAAGGCCCUGGCCGAGGAGCGCCACCUCAGCUGCCCCAUGAACUUCGACCCCGACUGCCCCGCGUCGCUGCAGCACAUACGCAACGCCGGGGGGAGCGGCGACAGCAGCAGCUGCAGCAGCCGGGAGGCCGACGGCGACUCGGGGGGCAGCAAGCCCGGCUCGGCCGACGGCGUGCUCGGGAAGCGGGAGGGAGGGGACGGGUCGGGGGGGCGGCCCGGACACAAGGGGAGGAGUCUACCGGAGCCUCCGCUGAUGCUGGGGGUCGGAGGGGGGACGCCCCCGCGGUCGCCCAGAAUACUGUCGGGGAAAGGCGGGUCGGCCGACGAGGGUUGCGGUCUUUACUCCGAGCCGGCGGAUUCGGUGCGGCUGCCUCACAACGUGGCCGACGGCCUCUACUCGGACCCGGUGGACAGCAUCAAGGCUCAGAACCAACCCGCCAACCAAACCACCCCGCCGGUGCCCACUCCACGCCUCCGACCCAUAGGGGACGACACCGCGGGGGACGGCGGCGGUGUUGUCGGCGGCAACAGGAAGCCGUCGGAGCUGUACUCGCACGUGUACGACCGGAUCAGCCUGGACCUGAACCAGAAAGCGAGCGCGCUGAGCCUCAACGGGGCGGCGGGGGCGGGACGCGGGGGAGCGUGGGGGGCCAACAGCAACAGCAACCGGAGGCCCCCGGGGGGGAAAGCGGAGGGGGCUCCGACGCCGCAGCAGUCGGAGCACAUAUACGACGAACCGGAGGGCCGCGCCGGCUCGUCGGCCGCCGGCUCGGGGGGGAGUUUCCACGACGACGAGCUGCACAAACAGAAGAGGCAGGAGGAGGUGGCGGCCCCGUCUGGACUGGAGGGCACUUACAGCAGCCCCUCCCACGUUAAGCCGUCAGACCCACAAAGACAGUCCCCUCCGCAGCCGGGCCUGGGCCGGGGCAUCCCGCUGCCUCCCGCCCCGAGGUGGCCCAAGCCCAUCACCGCUCCCAAGCCGGUCCGGAGCAUCUUCACCCGCAAGGACCCGGUGCCCGUCCCUCCGGGGAAGCCCGCGGGUCCCGGCGGCAACGUAAAUAACAACAACAACCUCUGGGGCGGCGGCGGAGGAGGAGGAGGGGGAGGAGGAGGAGGGGGGAAGGAGAUUUACAGCAAAGUGUCAAAGCAGAAGCCUCCGUCCGCUAACCUGUGGUACGGCCAGCACCACCAGGCGCCGCUGAGAACACCUGAUAUCAUUUAUGACAACCUGGGCGAUAUUUGACGCCGUCCUCCCGCUUCAGACUCGGGCCUGAAAAGACGAAAAAAAAAAAAUAAAUAAAUAAGAACAGAAAAAGAACUCUUUGGUCGGCGGCGUCUGAACAGGACGUUUCUCAUUCCGCGUUUCUUCCACUGGGAUAAUCGUUUGUGACAGUGGGUUUCGCUGGGAGUGGAUUAGCUCACAACUAUGAGGAAACCACAUUACUGUGCGUCUUACACAUUGGAGUGUAACCAUCGCCGGGCCACCCUGUGUGUGUGUGUGUGUGUGUGUGCGUGUGUGCGUUUGAGAGGGAGAGAGUGAGUGUUUGCAUGGUCAAACCCAUAAUUGGCACACCAAGCCACAGUGUGGUCGAAGCCAGCCACUUCACACACACACACACAAACCCAUAGACAGAGAAACGUACCGAUUUUUUUGCCAAAAGGAUUCGGGCUUCACUUUAACGAGCAGAGAGAGCGGCUUGGCCGUCCCGUUCUGGACGAGCUCACGAAGUGACUGGGGAACAUGUUUUAGUUUUUAUUUUUAUUUUUUUUUGCACUGCUGCUUUAUUAUUUCCCUGAAAUAUGAGACAAUGUGAUGACCAGGAGUCGCUGUGUGACAGGUUUGGAGCAUCUUUGAGACCAACAACUGUUUUUUAUUUCUGUUUGUGUUUUCUGGACAUUUUUUCAGUCCGGGACACUAAUAUAUUAGAUGGAGCCACUAUAUUAAUAAAUAAUAGAAGAAAAAAAAAAGAUGGUUGUUUCGAAGGAGGCAUGAAAAGGAGUCACAUGUUCCUCUUUUGCAGCCUUUCAAUCACAAGGGCGACGUCCUUGUUUUUUUUAAUCUUGUGUUUUCCUUUGUACAGACAAACUAAAUAUGAAACUAAUCAAUCCCUUGCAAUGUGUCAGUAUGUGUGUGUGUGUGUGUAUCAGAAACAGCUGUGCUGUCUGUAAAUAUGACUAAUAAUAAAAGUUCCUCUAAAACCUUUAAA